AUGAACGCCUCUGAAGAUCCCUCAACGCGCCUGGCCGUCCGUGUCGAUAAGAAGCUCGCACAACUCAGAUUUGCGCUGGCACCGGUCGUGAACACCGUCACAAAAAAGCUGGCAGUGGUUUUCAGCGUGGACCCUGACGACAUGGACCCCGAGGUACCGCUGUCGCAAUACUGCAUUGACUCGUUGAUGGCCAUGGACUUGGGAAUUUGA